CGAACGAGCUAGCUAAAAGAGCGAGCGCGCGAGCGAACGAGAGAGAGGAGAGCCGGCACCAUGGCGGAUCCCGGGGUGUGCUGCUACAUCACCAAAAUCCUGUGCGCUCACGGAGGCCGUCUGGCCCUGGAGAAGCUGCUGGAAGAGUCAGGACUCCCCGAGGCGCAGCUCGGCCAGGAGCUGGAGGCCGCCGGCCCCGACCGCUUCGUGAUCCUGGAGACGGGCAGCAAGGACGGGGUCUCGCGGUCGGUGGUGGCCACCACAAAAGUCCGAGUCUGCCGGCGCAGGUUUUGCCAGAGGCCCUGCAACAACCUGCACCUCUGCAAGCUCAACCUGCUGGGUCGGUGCAACUAUGCGCAGUCGGAACGGAAUUUAUGCAAGUAUUCUCACGAUGUUCUCUCAGACGAGAACUUCAAAGUCCUGAAAAGUCAUGAGCUCUCGGGACUGAACCGUGAGGAGUUAGCGGUGCUCCUGGUCCAGAAUGACCCCUUUUUCCUGCCUGAGAUCUGCAAAACUUACAAGGGAGAGGGUCAGAAGCAGGUUUGUAACCAGAACAUGGGGUGUGAACGACUCCACAUCUGUGAAUACUUCACCCGUGGGGAAUGUUCUUACCUCAACUGCCUGAGGUCCCAUAACCUGAUGGACAGAAAGGUGCUGGCUGUCAUGAAGACACAUGGGCUGAGUCCAGAGACGGUUCUUAACAUCCAAGACAUCUGCAACAGCCAGCAUGCCCGGAGGAACGCCUCUGGCCCCAGAGCUCCUCCCUCGCAUCGAAGGCCGAGGGUGAGGACAGAUAGAAACAGAAGCAAGAGUAAAGACCGACACUUUCAUCUCGGCAACCAAGAGUUUGUUCCAUCUGCUUUAGCUCCUCAGAGGUCUUGCACAUCCAGUCCAGAUCCCAUCAGUUAUGAGUCUCCCUUGGAGGAUGAGCCUGUGGACAAACUCACACACAAGCUGGCCGAGCUGGAGAGCAAUACCCAUGCUGAGCCUUCCUCAGGCUUGGCCAAGCCUGCUGACCUUACAGGACAAGAAAAGGUGGCGGAUGGCCAGAGGUUCCCAGCUAAUGCCAGGAUGGACAACCUCCUGAAUGGGAAUCGCAGCAAUACCAACUCCAGUUCCACCUAUAUCCCUGAAGGCUCCAGGAACCCUGCAGCGACAAAUUGCAUGUUUUUGCCUGAUCUCGAGAACACCAAUGGCAAAAGUGGGAUGGCAGACAGCUCCCAUGUCCGUCUUGGUAAUGAUGCUAAUGCAGGGGCCCCAGAAACAGCUUCCUCAAGAUCUGCAAAUUGCAAAACAGUUAAGGAUGCUGAAAGAGAAAUGCUAUCAUGUAGGAUUCAAAAGGCCCCAGGAACUAGCCCCUGGGAUUCCCCGAGCACUGGGAAAGUGAGACAUGCCGGGGACCCAGGCAUGGGAUUUCUGUAUGAGGAAGACAGAGAAAAGAUAUUCCAGGCUAAGCAGUCUCUCUCCAGUCCAUCAAAUGUCUCUGUGAAGAUUACAGAUGAAACAGUUGAUGCGGCGAAAACUGUGGCCUCUGGUUUGGACAUAAAGAUGGCAGUCACUGUGGAAAAACAUGAGACAAGCUCUAGAGGUCAGAGCCCGAUAACCCAGGACACGGCCACUCCAACUUCUUCAGGCCACAGAGCUGCAGCCUCUGAGACAAGGGGUCAGAACUCUGCCCAGGUCUCUGUCAGCCAGCCCAAUGAAUUCACCAGGAGGACUCCAGGCUCUACCCGUACUUCCGAAUCUGAUGUCCCGAGUCCUGCAUCUUCCAAUAUGAAUGAUCACGGCUCAAAGCAGAUUUGUCUUAAGUAUUUGUAUAAUGGUUGUCGGCAAAAUAGCAGCUGCAAUCAAAUCCACUUCAACUUGCCUUACCGGUGGCAGUUGUUCAUUGCAAACAACUGGGUGGACUUCAAGGACAUGGAAAGGAUUGAGGAGGCUUAUUGUGAUCCCAAAGUUCAGAUCAUUUCUUUAGGAAAUCAUACCAUCAAUUUCCAGGAGAUGACCUGUGAUCGUACACUCAUGCGCCGUAUCAGCACUCCUUCAACCAUAACAGAUUCCUUUUUUUCCAUCUUUGCCACGAAAUGGAUUUGGUAUUGGAGAAGUGAAUCUAGCAAAUGGACUCCAUAUGGAGAACAGCACAACAACCAGCCCGCUUCAAGUGUCGACUCUUUGUACCUGGAGUCUGUGUUUCAGUCCUGCCCCAGGGGAGUUGUGCCAUUUCAGGCGGGUGUCCGAAGCUAUGAGCUCAGUUUCCAAGGGAUGAUUCAGACCAACAUUGUUUCCAAGACCCAAAGGGAGGUGGUGAGACGGCCGACCUUCGUGUCUGUGUGGGAGGUGGAGCAGAUGAGGAGGAUCCCAGGCUAUCAGCCCAGGUCGACCCAAGCAGAGCCUUUGCCCACAGCAGCUGUUCCUCAGCCAAACCUUGACUUACUGCCCCCAGAUGGAUACAAGUUGAUGGAGCUCAGGCCCUCUUGCCCAGAAUAUUUAGGGAUAAGUGGGCAUUUUAAAGUUUCUAUGAAAAAUUUCACCAUUGAAAAGAUACAGAAGAUCGAGAAUCAGAGACUCUUGCAAGCCUUCGAAAGGAAGAAGUCGAGAAUGACGAAUGACGACGAAAAACUCUUAUUUUAUGCAACAAGCCGUGUCUACAUGGAGUCUAUCUGUAGGAAUAAUUUUGACUGGACCCUGCAUGGACCCCAUGAAACUAAAUACGGAAGAGGAGGUUACUUUGCGAAAGAUGCCAUGUAUUCUCACAAAAAUUGCCUAGUUGAUACCAGAAACACCGUUAUGUUUGUAGCUCGAGUCCUCCCUGGCUUAUUCAUCGAAGGAAACAGGAUGUCCACGAGCCCUCCGCCGCAGUAUGACAGCUGUGUGGAUACGACCUUGAACCCUUCUGUGUUUGUCAUCUUUCAGAAGGAUCAGGUUCUCCCAGCAUAUGUGAUUGAGUACAGUGAAACAGACAAAGCCUGUGUGAUCAGUUAGAAAUGAGGGCUACACCAGUGUAAAGAUUGUCAUAACCACUGUGUUCAUUUGUACAACCAAAGUGCCCCAGGUAAUAGUGAAUAUGUACAUGUUCUGACCCUACCUAGCUACAAUUCUGAUACCCAGGUCGCACCCUAAUACCAGUGAACUGGUUCUGGAGUUGAGAACCAGGCAGUAGUAUUCCUGAAAGCGCUCCUGCGAAUUGCAACAUUUGUAUUGUCCUAGACGCAGUUGUUAAAGGCCGACUCCUCAGUUUCCUGUGAUUGCAGAAACUUCUCUCCCGCCUACUCUUAGCUUAUGUGUGAUAUCACUUUGGGUUAAUUUCAAGAAAAUUACUUUGGGAAAUUGGACAGGAAUUGAAUCAUACCAUCUGAAAUAAGGAUAUGAGGCUUUACAUUGCUGGAUGGAACAUUGGGAAAAUCUGAGGGCAAAAAGUGCUUAGGGACAGGCUGAGGAAAACAGGAGGGAGUAUAAAUGCUUUUGCGUAUUGUAGUACUCUGUGAUGAGACUGAUUAAGAUCUGCAUUUCUUUAUCUCAACAUUUAGGACAGACUUCUUCCAAGCAGAGUCUUCUGGCAAUAUAAUCAUAAGCAAUACCAAAUAUAGCUCAGCUAGAAGUACCCAACUGUGUGAAUUGCCCGUUAGGGCCUUUUGUAUAAUUGAGGAAAAGUAGAUAAGACAUUUAUAUUGUGUAGUGCAUGGAUUACAGAGAAUGCUCCUCACUGCCACCCACCCCUGCUCCCCCCAGGUCAGGUUGUCAUGAAAGUGUGUCUGGUUUGGGGGGUGGGGGUGGGAGAGGAGACCGUGUUGCAGAAAUAAGACUGAAACAAGCACAGCUGACAAACCUAAGUGCUGUUGUCAUUGUGCACAGUUGAAAUUAGAGCAGGGCCAUCCCUCCUGACAUCUAGGCCUUUUAACAAAGCGGGAUUUGUGCCCUGGUGUGUACAGAGGACAGUGUCCCAAACAAGUCAUGUCCCUGCCAGGGGCUUCUUUUAGAAAUGCAAUACACCUAUGGAAUUGUACAAUACAGUGAGGUUUUAUAUUAGUUAAGGUACCUGGAACCAACAUUUCCUUCCUUCCUAUGAAUCAAGUUUUUCCUUCCAAUUUUUUUUUCAACAUUCCAUACCAGUUGCCAACGUUUUCUAGUAUAGUUGCUUCCCACAGACGCGUAUAUGUCAUAAGCCAUGAGAGUUGAUUUUCUGUUACAUUUUUUUAUCAAUACAAAGAAGGUUACAAUUUAAAGGGCUCUAGUAGCAAUAGUGUAGAGUUUUUUUUUUUUUUCUUUUAAAAGUAAGGUUAUCUUCUGGAAGAUUUGCACAGCGGUUAUCUCAUUCACCUACUUUGUUUUGACAUGAUCAUUUCUUGAGCUUGACUUUCAGAUUGUAGAAGUGCAGUUUAUCCAGCUGGUUCUAACUGCCCUAUAGACGCCUCUCGUUGCCUAUUUUACAGGUAUCUCAGCCUCCACACAUGUGUGGAACUGUCCGUCGCCCCUGUGUUCUCUCUAAGACUAAACGGCGUCCCUAGCCCUCUGCCCAGCUGAACGCACAAAUCACCCUUGAAUCCCUGCCCUAUUCUAGCUCCACAUGUAAGCAGUUCCCUAGUCCAGUUUUAUUUCUUACAUAUCUCUUUGUCCAAGUUUCCUCAGCUUAGCAACCGCAGUGGUCAUCUUUUCAAAAAAACGUAGUUAAUAAUGUUCCUUGGAAAUGAAUCUGAUCAUACCUGUAGGGUAAAGUUCAAAACCAUUUUCACAGCCCUUUAGGAUUGCUCCCUCCCCUGCCCUGUCAUUUAUUUUCUAUGCAGACCACUGUGGCUUUCUUUCAGUUCUUGGUGUCUUUUUUUCCCCCCAGUGGUUCUUAGCACUUCUGGCUUUGUUUUCCUUGAAGUGCAAUUCUGAGCAAAUAUACUUGCACACAGUACUAGAAGUAAGUGAAAAAUUAACCAACUGUUGUAUUUGCUGUUAACCUAAACAGCAAAUACAAGGUUCUUCAUCUGGUUAUACUGACAGCCUGAAGUAGUCAGAUGCUUCUACCCACUUACGAGUCAUUUUGAACAUAAAAGAAGGCAGAAGCUAUUUUGUACAUAGAAGCCUGGGAAGGUGAAAUAGCAGGGCUAUGAGUGGGGACAUAAGAAUGAAAACCAGUGAUGCAAUAACUAAUCUGCAUAUGGUAAGGCUUAUUUGCAUAUGAGAAAGAAUGCAGUAGCUUUCAUUGCAAUAGAGUUACUAUGCAAGAAGCUUUACAGAUUUUCGAAACGUGAAAUGUGGUCUUACAGAUGAGCUGUAGGUCAUACAAGGGUUCCUAAAAAAGUUUGCGGAGAAUAAGAUUAAAAGAUAAGUUUAUUUAGGUGCAAAAAGAUUUUGAAAUCAUGCAUAGGAGGGCUCUUCAAAAAGAUUGAUGAAAAAUUAACUUUUGUGGGGAGGGGGAAAGAAGGUAGAUUUUACAAAGAGAAGGAGAGACAUGAAUAUUUCCCAUCUGCUGGCUCACUCCCCAUAUGGCUGGAGCUGUGCCCAUCCAAAGCCAGGAGCCAGGAGCUUCUUCCAAGUCUCCCACAUGGGUGCAGGGUUCCAAGGUUCUGGGCCAUCCUCCACUGCUUUCUCAGGCCACAAGUGGAUGAAGGAUGAAAGUGGAGCAGUUGGGACAUGAACCAAUGCCCAUAUGGGAUCCCAGUGCUUGCCAAGGGGAGGAUUAGCCAUUUGAAUCCUGAAAAAUUAACAUUUUGAGAAAAUUAAGCAUGGGUUUCAAUUUUUUGUGCCAGAAUAAAUUAAUCUUUUAGUUUCAUAUUUUUCCAUGAACUUUUUGACGUGUUCUCAUACAUGAGUGUCUAGUGAGACACUCAACAUAUUCGUGUAGGGUUCAGGAUAAUUUCUUUUUGUGAGGAACUGUCCAGUGUAUUGCAAGAUGUUUAGCAUACGUGGCUCCCAUAUGGUAGAUGCCAGUAGCGCCGCCUCGCCAGCUGCCAAUCAUGGUAACAACCAAAACUCUUACCAUAUCUAUUCAUCCUUUCCAGAGUAGAUAUUAUGCAAUGUAUCUUUUUCCAGAGAUCAUCGAUAAAUAAUCCAGUCUAUAUAAUGCAUGAAUUUCUGCAAAGAUUCAAACAGUGCCCUGAAUCUAUUCUAAUGGGGAAAUAGAAAUAAAUUUGUAAUGAAAAUGAGUUUUAAUAUGUAAAUGCUCAGGCAUAACCACACUCUAAGACAUGAACUAUAUUUUUAAAAUUCUCACUUCUAAUGAAUAGGUUUGGAUUUAAGAGUUGCUGUGAGGUUAUUCCUGUAGAGGAAGGUGAAAGAUGAGAUGUACAGGUGACACUAGGAGGAAACCUGUAUCGGGGUACGUCAGAAUAGCUCAUAUUACCAUAUCUAUUCGUAAAAGCGAAAUCACCUUCAUUGAAAUAGUAAUAGGACAAGACAGACAGAUUACAGAUUGUCUCAGAGGAAAAACAAAUCCUGUUCCCUGAGAAUGAGCUGUAUGUCCUACAUCAAUGUCCAGAGGGACAUUAGAAGUUGUACAGGGUACAGAAACUCUGUCGUCGUAUGGGAUGAACUCAUAUACCGCAGGACUUGUGUCCCCGGCUGCGUCUACUUGGGGUUUGUGAUAGUAUUCAGUUGCCAUGAAACCAAGUACCGCCUAUUGCCUAUCGAUUGUCAAAAGCCUGCACUGAGAACCCCUGACAUUCCCAGAAUGAGCUCGACUGUUAACUUUCAUAGGAGCCCUUCCAUAGAAGAGGUCAGAUCUUUAAUCCCAGCCAGCAGUCUUUAGUGAUCCUUUUAACCUUGCUUUGUUCAUUUUUACUAACUUCAACCUGAAAUUGUUAACUUUCUGCAUCAGAAUGUAAGCUGGCAAAAGGCUCCCUCUGUUGUGUGAGAAUUGUUUGCUUUGCUCCAGCCGAUGCUCAGCCUAACUGGAAACUUGAUGGGCUAAUAUUGGAUAAUUUUUGUUGAAUCAAUAAGUGCAACUGUUUAUAAUUCAGUAGAGUUGUAUUGCUUCUUGAUUUUGUUUGCUUAAUUUUGACUAUCUAAUAAAAAGGAUAAAUAAUUCUAUU